CGAAUCUCGAACCAUAAUACGAUACGAUUGUCGAUCUUACUAAUUCAUUGACGUUAUAGCUCCUUCUCCUUAAUAUUCCUUUUUAGAGUAAUUCAGAUUAAGUUGAAGACGACACGGUGCGUAUAAGUAGUGCGAUAAUUGUAAAAUAACAGGCUCCGUUAUUAUUUUCCAAAACAGUGUGGGAUAAUCAGAAGCGGUAAAAUGACGGAAUCUGAGAAUAUUUUCUUAUUUGUGCCCAACAUUAUUGGCUAUGGCAGAGUGAUUUUGGCUAUCAUAUCUUUUUAUUUUAUGAGAACUAAUUAUGUUAUUGCAUCAUGGUGUUACAUUAUUAGUGCACUAUUAGAUGCAGUGGAUGGUCAUGCAGCAAGAUAUUUCAAUCAAAGUACCAAAUUUGGUGGUAUGUUAGAUCAGUUAACUGAUCGUGUUGGUACCAUGUGUCUUUUAGCUACAUUGUGUAUGUUUUAUCCAUCAUACUCAUUCUGGUUUCAAUUAAGCAUGGCCAUUGACAUUAGUUGCCAUUGGAUAUAUUUGCAUACAUCACUUUUGCAAGGAAAAACAAGUCAUAAAUUUAUUGAUAUGUCUGAAAAUGCGAUUAUGAGUGUGUAUUAUACAAAUCGUAUAGUCCUAUUUAUUAUGUGUGCUGGUAAUGAAGCCUAUUAUGCUGCGCUAUAUCUCCUUUACUUUACAGAAGGACCUACUUUUCUUGGUAUAAGUUUAUUUAGAUUGGUAAUGUAUCUUUCUGCACCAAUAGCAUUUGUUAAAACCUGUAUCUCAUUGUUACAUGGAUACGUAGCCUGUAUUAAUUUAAGCAUUAUUGAUCUGAAGGAAAGACAAGAGCGUUUAAAAGUGAAUUAAGUUAUUGCAUUUAUUAAGUAUUUAGCCAAAAUAAAGAUGAUUCAUCUUCCUAAGUU